UGAUGCGACUGAGCGGCCGGCACGGACAGAAAGCAUAAUUAGCCUAUCUUACUCAAUGAUUUUCACUUGCCUUGUGUAGUUUCUUGCCAAAUUUCUGUUUAAUGUCGAACUUAAACCGGCGCGGUGUAAAGACUGAGCGGCUGUAAACGGUAGAAGAAGAAAACGGAGCAGUAAUUGAAAGGAGUUGGGCAUCAAAUUGCACCGGAUGUCAUUACACGCUCUUAAAUAUCGAGCACUGUAAUCAAGACCAACGGCAGAGCCAUGGAGGUUGUAACACAUUUUGUGAAUGACACUGUAGAAUUUUACAAAUGGAGCCUUACUAUAGCAGACAAGAGGGUGGAGAACUGGCCCAUGAUGUCAUCUCCUUUCCCCACUCUGGCCAUCAGCUGCCUGUACCUGCUCUUCCUGUGGGCGGGGCCUAGAUACAUGCAGGAUCGCCAGCCGUACACACUCAGGAAGACCCUCAUAGUCUACAACUUCAGUAUGGUGGUCCUCAAUUUCUACAUCGCCAAAGAGCUCCUACUAGGCUCCCGAGCAGCCAGAUACAGCUACCUCUGUCAGCCUGUCAACUACUCCAAUGAUGUCAAUGAAGUCAGGAUAGCAUCUGCUCUGUGGUGGUACUAUAUCUCCAAAGGAGUGGAAUUCUUGGACACAGUAUUUUUCAUCCUGAGAAAGAAGUUCAACCAAGUCAGCUUCCUCCACGUCUACCAUCACUGCACCAUGUUCAUCCUCUGGUGGAUUGGCAUCAAAUGGGUCCCCGGUGGACAAUCUUUUUUCGGUGCAACCAUCAACUCCUCCAUCCACGUCCUAAUGUAUGGGUACUAUGGCCUCGCAGCUCUGGGACCUCAAAUGCAGAAGUACCUCUGGUGGAAGAAAUACCUUACCAUUAUUCAGAUGAUCCAGUUCCACGUCACCAUCGGCCACGCAGGUCACUCGCUCUACACAGGCUGUCCAUUCCCCGCCUGGAUGCAGUGGGCUUUGAUUGGCUAUGCUGUCACCUUCAUCAUCCUGUUCGCUAACUUCUACUACCACGCAUACCGACGCAAACCAUUCUCCAGUCAGAAGGGAGGCAAGGCCGUUGCAAACGGCACCACUAUGGUAACUAACGGCCAUAGCAAAGCAGAGGAAGUGGAGGAUGAUGGAAAGAAGCAAAAGAAAGGAAGAGCGAAAAAGGAGUAAACAGAGGAAGAGGUCUGGUGUUUAAAGGACAGUUUUGUUUUCAGGGCCAGAGAAGGAAGGGGGAGGGAAGGGCAAAACAGAGAAGUUCAAAGCAAACAAAUCCUCACCAUCUCUGCAAAUACUGUAGAAGGAUGUGAUUUGUGACCAACUGGAAACGGUGAAAGGGUAGCAGUGUGUAUUUAUCGGUGUGUAUGUAAAGGGCUCUGGUUUUGAGAGUGAUAGAGGGGUGUUGGUUGUCUUCAAAAACAGGGUUUUUUUUAUUGAAAGAAAGCAAAUGCUGAUCAUGUAGGCUCUGUGCUGUUCUGUCCAAAUGUGCUUUGGACCGUAAUAGGACCAAAUAAUCCUCCACUCAGCAUUCACUAACUCGUCAACCAAAUUCACCUCCAAUUUUUGUACUCUGGAUUCCAGUGUUGUUUUAUCUGAAAGCUUAAAUAGUCUUAAAUAUGCUUAUUUAUUUUCUAGUGCUCUAAAAGAGUUUUAAUGAAUUUAACUAUGACCAACAAAAGAACAUGCAAAGGCUGUACCAAAGGGAAGUUUUUGUUUACAGUACAUAGAGUCAGACAAAUGAAGAAACCCACUACAAAUUCUCACUGCCAUCUACUGUUUUUGACUACUCUGAUCAUAUCUAUUCCAUCUACCAGUCCUAUACGUCACGGACUUCAUUAUCCGCUUUAUCAGACUGAUUUAACUGUGCUGCAUUUACAGUUUGAUGCUAUUUUUUUUUUGUGUUCAUUGUGAAUUAAAAACUUUGUUAAAACACUUGUGGGGAAGAGGACUGUAGUUUCUUAUUAGUGUUUAUGCAAAACUGUUGGUAUCUUUGUCAUAAUACAUUUUUUUUUGUGGGUCAUUGAGUUUUAUUUCUUUUUGCUGUGCAAUGUAGCUAAAGUGCAAGAAUAAGGGGUUGAAUUUCAGCUCAGUGCUGUCUCACUGCCACGUAGGACCGAAGGGAAACUCAUCCUGAAAAAGACCUUUUUUAAGAACACAAUCGAUCAUUUCUUUUGUUCCAUUUUCACUCAAUUUCUUUUAAUGAAACUGGCACAGCUUCUCGCUGCACAUAUAACUGAAAUAAAGACAAUGUCAGCACCCUAUA